CAGCAGCUGCCACUGCCAGUAGCUGUCUUCCGUGUGAAGCCGCAUGCAAUCUAGCACAAGCAGUGACUUUUUGAAGAAACUUUGAAAGAAGAGAAGCAGUGGCAAUCUUCGUUCAGCUUGGGCGCUUGGAGACACCCUCCCACUCGCGGCAGGCUCAAUACUCUGCCGCGUUGCCGUAGGCAGAGCUUCAGCAACAUACCACCAUUGCUGUAUCUUCCCUUGUGUCUGGAGCAUUUUCACACGGUCGACCUGAUUCAGGCAAGAAAGCAAAUUGAGGUUGUCUAAAAUGCUCGUACAGAAGUUGUCGCUCGUUCUCUUACUCGUGAUUCCUAUUGUAACAGCUGGGAAACCUGAUGUUGAGCAGACUGCGGAAAUCAGUGAAGCGGCCACAUCAAUUGCUGGCUUGAUGGUCAACGAGUCAGCUCCCACACCAGCCGAAGCAGUCAAUGACUCUGGGAAGGGACCUGAAAGUGCACUGGAAGAUACGGAUGCGUUUAAGCAGGCUAUCCUCACAGAACCAGGUCUCCACGAGAUCAAUGGCACCACACUUAGCCUGCUACUUGAAGAAGUUCGUAAGAGAGAUGACUUGUUCCUAGGGGUCUUCUUCUAUGCCCGUUGGUGUCCCUUCUCCCAGCAGCUGUUCCCACUGGUUCGCACUCUGCCGGAGCUCUUCCCCCAGUUCCCUCUAGUUGCAGUGGAAGAGAGAGCUGUCAAGCCCAGCGCCCUCUCGAGAUAUGGUGUCUACUCGUUCCCCCUCUUCUUCAUCUACUCCAAGAAUCAUAGGUCCAAAUUUACUGGGUCGAGAGAGCUCGAAACCCUGGUGGAGAUGAUCACGACUACAACAGGAUACAAUCCGGUUGCUCGGCCGAAGACGGACCACUGCGAAGCCAACUUGGCGCUCUUUGACCGCUUGUCGACUCCUGAGGUAGAUUCCGGCUCUCAAAUGUGCCCCGAUCUUACUGCUUACCAUCAUAGGGCGGUGCAGGAAGAAACUUGUCCUUAUCGGUGGACGUUUCAGCCGUCCAUCUGGGCGUCCAACAAUUUGUAUCUUAUGCUAGCGAGCUCGUUUCUUGCUCUUCGAUUCCUGUUCUUCCUAAUCCGUGAAGGAUGGGGAUGGCUGAAGCAAGGACAAAUAACAGGGCAGCAAAUACAAUGAUGCGUUCAAUCGUGUUGUAAGGGAACGUUUGAGUAGCUUGGCGGGCGUUUGUGCAUGGAUUGUGAUCUUGAGUGUUCAUUUGCAUUGGCGAUACGUGGAUCGAAGUGAGGUACCA